CGGAGAGGCACAUUCAUACAAAUGUUUUGUUAUUUAUUUACUGUCACGGCAGAGUGAGUUUUUUCUGUGUUACUGAAACUGAGAGUACCAAGAUGAUGAUACGAUGUUACCUCCCUUCGCCGCCGCCGUUCCUCCGGCCGCCGGGCCGUUACGCCGCCGUGAAGGCUAGAUUCUCCGGCAGAGAUACGACAGACUCCGGGCUUCUAUUCCGGGAGAAGCUUCUCUAUCUCCAGGACCUCAACGUGGAUCCCCACAAGGCUCUCCGUCUCAACCCUUCCCUCCGCUCCGUCCCUCUCUCCUCCGUCGUCUCCGUCGAGACCGUCCUCUCCUCUUUCGGCCUCUCCCGACCGGCCGUCGGUCGGAUUCUCGACAUGUUCCCCGACCUCCUGACCUCCGACCCUGAGGUUGUCAUCUUGCCGGUCAUCCGCUUCCUCGCCGAUGAGAUCUCCAUUUCACGAUUCGAGAUCCCGAAAUCGAUCUCCCGGUGUCCUCGCUUGCUCGUAUCCUCCGUCGAUUUCCAGCUCCGUCCGGCACUAGCGUUCCUCCAGAGCCUAGGGUUCGUCGGGCGCGAUGCGAUUACCUCGCGGACCACGGUUUUGCUAGUAUCCAGUGUGGAACGAACCCUAAUUCCCAAACUCGAGUUCAUCGAGAGCUUAGGGUUUACACGCGAAGAAGUGGCGAAGAUGGCGGUGAGGUCACCGGCGAUACUGACUUACAGUGUGCACAACAAUCUAGCCCCAAAGGUGAAGUUUUUCAUGGAGGAGAUGAGCGGUAACGUGGAGGAGAUAAAGCGGUUUCCGCAGUACUUCUCGUUUAGCUUAGAGAAGAAGAUAAAGCCGCGGCAUCGGCUGCUUAAGGAGCACGGAAUUCUGAUGCCAUUGUCGGAGAUGUUGAAGGUCAGUGACGGAGAAUUCAACACAUGGCUUCUAGAAAUGCGUCUGAAUUCUGUUAAAAGAAGGAGCUUGUAACAUGUAAGCUUUUUUUUCUUUUUCUUUCCAGCUCUCUACUUCUGAAGUGUAUAUUAAGCUUGCAAUCUGUCUUGAAACAAUGUGGUUGCUUAGUGAUAGUGAUCCUGAAAUGGAAAUGGAUAUGUUUCAUGUCCUUUGAUGGUGUAAUAACACAGAUGUGCAGCUUUUUCUUACAAAUCAGAUUCAAGAUGCUUAUGCUCCA